AUGGACGUCAUUCGCGGACGGUCACAGGUGGCCGAGGCCGUGGUGGCCUGCUUCCAUGGACAGCUUCUAUUCAAGGAUCUGUCGGUGGAGCUGCGCAGAGCAAAGCCUCUGUUCAUGAACCCGCUACACUUUCCUGAGCGGUCGGCGGAUGACGCCAAGAAGGUCAGCGAGGCCGAGACGACGCCGCUGAACAUCUACGGUAACGAGAGCAAGCGGUCGGCGACGUUCAUCAAGCGGGUCAACGAGCUUGCUGAGGACCUCAAUCUCAACCAUAUUGUAGCUGCGGCGUUUGUGCAGGAGGCACAGCGCAAGCUUCCGGGCUAUGAGGGCCCGCUGGGCGAGGACGAGCCGGACCUCGAGGUCCCGCGGCUGGCCAAGCAGCUGUACUUUGAGGAGCGGCGCGCUCUGCUGCUCGCGCUUCUUGAGCUGGUCAAGGGCCGGAUGGACGACUCCUAUCGACGGUGCCAGGAUACGCGACAGCGCCAGGAGGGUCAACGGCGCCAGGCGGGCAUUGUGGCGUUUACCGACGAGUUGCUGACGGUCCACGAUGUGGCCAGCAAGCUGGCCAAGCUCGUGACGCGGGCCAACCGGGUUCUCACCACCGACGCCGAGCUCAACAAGUACGGCCCUGACGGGCGGGUGUACUUUAUCGACGAGCGGCAGCACUUGGCGCUCACGCUCUUCUACAUCUACUACCAGGGCUACCGCGAGCCCAAGACGGUGCGCGAGCUGAUGACAGUGUUCAAGGAGACGGCCAAGCUUGCACGGUCAGACGACGCCGACGACCCCACGUUCCAGGUGGCGGUCCUGCUUGCGCUUGCGCUGGUGGCGGCGCUCGAUCCGACGAGUCGGGAUAUGGAAACGGGCGGGCCAUCGAUGGCGUCGCCAAGCCAGCGUACCAACUCGCUGCUGGCCGACGAAGCGUUUGGCAAGAACAUGCGCGAGUUGCUCGGCACCGCGUCAUCGUGGGAGGCGCACACCAAGGGACUCCGGGCCUUGGUCCUCCUCGCGUUUUCGCUCUUUGUCACCGAUGCCAAGUGGGCGGACCACGCGGCGCAGUUCAGCGCGGCGGUUGCCGACAAUGUCUUUGAGUUUGCGCGGACGCGCAUCCUCGCGUCCAAGCUCUUCCUCGAGGCCUCGCGCGACACGCCGUUCUUUGUCUCCAAGCUCGACGAGCUCAUGAUGUGCUUCCUCAAGUCGAAGCCGUCGCAAGUGACUCAGCUCAAGCAGGAGGACGAGCAGGCGACGCGGCGCGAGAUGACGACGGGCGGGCAGGGCGGUGAAACGCGGCACGACUUUGAGCAGCUCCUCUUCUUCCUCACGGCUCUGUACUCCAAGUGGCCGGGAGCGCUGCGUUUCUGGACUGACCGGCCGGACGUGCUGACGUCGGCGAGCAUGAACGUGACGAUCCGGCUUCACGUGGCGUACCUCGACUUUCUGGCGGCGCUGGCCAACACACCGGAGGCGGCCGAGCAGGCGUACUACUUUCUGGACUCGCCGCCCAACGCGUCAGUCGGGUGGGCGCACUUUUUCGAGGUCAUCAAGAACUACGAGGCCGAGCUGCGACGCGAUGACGCGCGGUCACACUCUGCGCUCGCGCCGCGGGUGGCGCGCGAGCUGCACCACGACGACGUCAUGGGCCUCUGCGCCAUUCUCCGGCUCAUGGAGACGGUGCUGACCCACUACGCCGAGGCGCGCAUGGCCAUGGAGUCGUCGCGGCACUGGGCCGGCCUCCAGUCGCUCUUUGGCCUCCUCGCUUGCCAGGUGCCUGCCGUGCUCAAGGCACACCUGCUGCGGGUCAUUGCCGCCUUUGCGCGCUCGCCCGAGCUCUGCGCGCGUGUUUGGCAGCUUGUCGAGCAGGCUGGCCUGCUCCCGAUCCCGCGCGACGGGAACCCGAACGCAUUCAUGGCGGCUCUCGAGGGCAAGCCAUCGGCAGACGUGGUCCUCAUUCCGCGCGGCGGUGGGCGCGAGUACGGAACCGGGGUGAUGGGCCACGAGGCGAGCAUGGCGGCGAGCCGGGCGCUGGUGGCAGGCGGCCCGCCUCUCGCCGGCAUUGUCUUUGACCUCGAGGAGAUCGAGGCCCGGGACGAGGCUUAUCCAGAGACGCUGGCGUUUCUCCUCCUGCUCACCAACCUCAUCCGCAGCGGCGUUCCGCAGCGGCUUGGGUUUGGCAUGCGCGACCCGGGCUUCCUCCCGUACUUUAACUUUGUGGCUGGCCAUGUGUGGCUCAAGUUUGACACACGCGGCUACGCGUUUACAGGGCAAAAGUGGGAGGUGGCGCGGGCGGCGCUCAUUGUCUUUGACCGGCUGCUGAGCCAGUACGUGCCGGUCGAGUCGGACUUUCUGGACGACGCGACACUUGCUGCACAGCCGGAAGAAGUGUCCAAGCUCCGCACGCCAGGCUUUGCGCUGAUGUCGGCCAUGCUCUCUGGCGGACCGUUCUACCGCAAGCUUGUCUCUGUCCUCGAGGUCGGCGUGGACGCGCUUGAGGGCGACCGGUUCAAGGCCGGCGGCGAGGCGCUCGAGGCGUGCAUUCUCCUCUGCCUUCGCAUUAUCAACCGGACCUUUGAGCUCGAGCCGGUCUUUCUCAAGUUUCUGCGGUCGGCGACGGUGUUGCCGUCUGCGGUGCGGCUCGACCAGUCGCUGCGGCAGAGCAAGAAGGUGCUCGGGGCGAUUGCCAACUAUGUGUCGUACCGCCACUGCGCGGAGCUCGUCUACAACGCGGUCAAGGUGCUGCAGUCGCUCUCGGCGACGGGCGUGCCGCUCGUCCCGGUCCUCUCCUCGCUCAACAUGGCGGACGAGGUUGCGCUCAAGCUUGUGGGGCGGCUGGAGGACGGGACGCCGGAGAUUUUGGAGCCUGAGUUGCUCCACCCGCUCCUCUCGGUGCCUCCACUGGCGUCGCUGGCGCUCAACGACCCGUUCUUCCUCCUCACGCCCGACGUCGAGGGCGCGGUGGUCGACGUCGAGGCGCUUGUCUCGUCGGGCCUGCUCUCUGCAGACAUUGUGGCUGAGUACUACGUCAACCGGACGCGCGAGGCGGUGCUCGAGCUGCUCCUUGUCUCGCUCAAUGCGCCGUAUCCGUCGAUGACUCAUCUGCUCUGUGGGUUCGAGCUCGAGCGCGGGCUUGCGGCGUCGCGGCUGGUCUCGAUCGCGCACAACUGCCUCAACAUCCUGCUCCAGCUGGCGGCCGACCCUGAGUUUGUGGUCUACUUUCCGACGCUUGCCGAGGGUACGGCGCGUCUGGUGCAUGCGCUUGUCUCGACGCCUGCGACGUCGACGGCGACGCUGCAACUGCUGCGAUCGCGCGAUGUGGACUACUUUGAGGGCGCGUACGCGGUGCUGAGGACUGCCUACACCAUUGAGCCUGAGCUGCCGGACGUGUCGGCCGGGCCGGUGCUCCGUCUGCGGUACACGUCGUGGAUUCUGAAGUCGAUUGCACUCGAGCUGCAUGUGGCUGGCGGGCCGAACACGGUCCACCGGCCGCAGGCAGUGCGGCUGCUGACGGCGCUGUACUCGAGCUCGGAGCCGCGGCAGCGAGGCGAGCCUGGUGCGCUGCCGUCGUUUUGGGACGCUGCUGCGAGCGCCCACGGCGAGGCGUCGGGAGUGGAGCAGGCUCGGAUGAAGCUCCUCGAGGUACUGUACUCACUGCAGGAGGUGGACGAGGUCGAGCCGCCGUUCCCGAGCAUUCCGCUGGACGAGGGCCUUGUGGCGACCACGAUUUCGAAGAACGCAGCGGGCGUAGAGUGCUUUGACGUGCCGGCGCUGUACCGGGUGCUCAUGGCUGCGCCGCACCUACGGGCGGGCAUGAUGCCUGGGACCGGGAUGAGCGAGAUGGGCGUGGGCGACGAGAGCUCGGACGCGGCGUCGGUGGUGCACCAGCUGGUGGCGGCGGCGGCCGACUGGAACGGGUACCAUGAGCGCUUCAUGGCGCGGGUCGAGGUCAUGACAGCGUGGUCGCAGAUUGUGCUCGCCACGCUUGCGCGGUGCUACGAGCUACUUGGCUCCGAGUCACGCGAGUCGAUCCUGUUCAUGGUCCUCGACUCGCUGCUGUUCCUCCUCGGGCGCGGGGUGAGCGCCAAGGCUGUGGCGCGGUCGAUGACCUCUGUCGUCCUCGCCAUCCUGUCCAAGCUCCUGCAGGUGCAGGUCUCGUCGCGGCAGACGACACACGUGCCGGUCAACCACCUUCACGCGCUGCUCCGCGGGAUUCUUGCGGCGCUGCUGCGCCACGGGUCCGACCAAGUCCAGCGCGGCAACCUGUACGCAGCGCUGAUGGCGUACCUGCAGCUGACGCAGCCGGACGUGACGCUGAGCGCCAAGCACCUCGGCGAGGACGCGGGAAGCUCGCUCAACGAGUCGGCGUGGGGCGAGCCCGAGUCGCGGGCGCCAGCCGAGGCGCUGGCCAGCCGGCGGUCAGCGAUUGCAAGCGGAAACGCUAAGAUUGUGGCCGCCGCGGGCGAGGCGCUACUCGACGUGCUCUGCCGCGACGCGUCGCACGGCAAGCAAGUGUGGCAGGCGCUCGCCUUUAGCGCGCUCAACGUCCUGGUUGCCGCCGUCGGCUCGGGCUCGCUGCUGCAGUACAUGAAGACGCACGGAUACCUGCGUGUCUUCCUCGACGACCUUGACAAGCAGGACUCGCUGCUCUCGUCUGUCCUCACGUCGUCGGCGACUGGAACCGGGGUCGAGCUCGGGAGUGCGGCAGCGCUCCGUGCGCUGCACGUGUACGAGGCCAAGAUGGCGCUGCUGCUGCGGCUGGCCGGGACGCACAACGGGGCGCGGGCACUCAUUGAGAGCGGCCUCGUCCACAGCCUCAUCUCGUGCCACUUUGUGGACUACCGGCCCGAGCCGUCGGUGCUGGACACGCUUGCGCCUGUGGUGGUAGAGACGUACCACUCGCUGCUCAUGCCUGUGCUCCAGCUCCUCACGGCGCUGCUGAGCUCGCUUGGAUCUGCGGCACUCGACCAAGUUGUCGCGUUUCUCUCUGCGCACGCCCAGCUCGUCCUGCUGGUACUCAAGGACCGGGCGCCGACGGUCCGCAAGGAGUCGCUGGCCGAGGUGCGUAUGAUGACCGCGUUGUUCUACGCGCUGGCUCGGGUCAACAAGGCCAAGCGGCUGGAGGCACUGCUGCCGGAGUUUGGGUGGCAGUUUCACGGCCACCUCCUCGCGCUCCUCGCCAAGUACUCGGUCGCGGCGCGGUGGGAGACCAAGUUGCACCCGUCGACGAUCCUUGAGGCUGCCGCACGGUCGAUCCGGGUCAUCUGCCGCAACGUCAUCGGCUACUGCACGGUGGUCUCGUCGCCAGCGGCGGGCGACGAGCUCCCGCUCACGGCCUCGGGCCUGCUCUUCUCGCCCGAGCUCAGCGGGGCGCUGAUGGGCGCGACGGCGGCCGAGCCGGUUGAAGUGCCGCUGGCCAUCCAGACCCGCGCGCGCUCGCCACCGCUCGCCACCCUCGUCAUCUACGUCUCGUCGUGCGCCCUCGAGCUGCAGACCACGUUUACCCAACUCGACCUGCUCGAGCGCAGGGCCGGGUCGAUGGCCGAAAUGGAGGCUGCCGAGGAAGAGGCUGCCCAGGCACUCGUCGAGUCGAUGCGUCUCAAGAGAGAGGACAUUGCCACCCUCUGGUUCUCGCUGGAGAACACGCUACUUGUUCUCCUCCGGCACCUGCAGUGGUACUUUGAGCUGUUUGUGCCCGGCGGCGCAGCCUCAUCCUCGACCUCGCUGGGCAACGGCGCUGCCGGCGACGCAGACUCGCUCACCGUCAAGGAGCUGGCCCAGCUCGCGUCGGACGCCUCGGCCUGCAUCACGCCGGUCCUCGACUCGCUCCGCAAGCUGGACUCGGCCUCGGGCUCGGCCAGCGAGUUUGUGCAGUUCCUUGUCCGCCGCCUCCGUGAGAUGCUCCGCGUCGGCGUGGACCGUCACGGCUCGGCGCUUGCCCGCGAGGAGGUCUUUUCGCACCGCCGCCGGCAGGAAGCCUACCCGAUGAUGUAAAGUACUGAUGCGCA